AUGUUUGGAGGAGAUGCAGGUCUGCCGUUUUCCCGUCACUCGGACGUGCUGCACGGAGCCAUCCCGAGUGACCCCACGGAGCUGGAGCAACUCGUGGCGGAGCUCAAGCGUCGAGGUAAUGCUGCUUUCCAACAGAAGGCACUGGAAGAGGCUGAGGUGCUCUACACGAGGGCUCUCGCCGUGACGGAGAGCCAUUCGAUGCCAACUCGGCAUAUUUUCUAUGCCAACCGCUCGGCUGCUCGGUGUUCGAUGGGCAAAGCCGAGCAAGCGCUGGAGGACGCAGAUGCGUGUGUGGCGCUGGACGCUGCGUACGCCAAGGGGUUAUUCCGCAAGGCGCAGGCCCUUGUCAAGCUGGAACGUUAUCGAGAAGCGCUCGUUGUACUGGACGAUGCAAAAGCUCUGGAGCCAAGCAACAAGUCGGUGACGUUGCUGCUUGCCAAAGUGCAAGAGCUGGCCACGAAGCAGAAGGAGGCACCGGUGGUCGUACCGUCGAAGAAGGUCAUGACGCGUGUGCAAGAGACGCGAUCGAGUUCUGCUUCAGCAUCUUCAGCUACGGGAACUUCUCCAACUGCUGAUCCUUCAGUUGUGGAGGAAGAUGGAGAAAUCAUUGGUCAUGUUCGUGGCUACAAGAAGUUGGCAGAUGGACGCGUGACCACGUUCUUUAACAACGAGCUAACCGAGGAAGCCAAGCAGCUAAUUGGCGACAUUGCUCCUAAGAAAGUCCAAGACCUUGAUGCUGUGCAGAUCAAGAGCGUGGACGGUGGAUCCGCUUGGAACCAGGGCAACACGUUUGAGGAGAAAGACAUGACGGCGUGGGCCAAGGCGAAGCUGGAAACAAUCGUUGCAGGCGUGUCGGCUCCUUUAGGGACCGAGGAAGGGGUUGUCACCUCGGGUCAAGUGUCGAAUCUAGAGGGUGACGCGUCAAUUGCUGUGGUGCGUGGCGCCAAGCGCUACAUCUUUGACUUUGCCUUCACACUGGCAUGCACGCUGACUCAAGGAGCUAAUGUCGUGACGGGCGAGCUCAAGUUUCUGGACCUGAGCUCGGAUUGUGGUGGCGAUUACGACGUCGAGGCCGUGGUACCGUCUCGUUAUCAGUCGGAAGGCGGCAAAGUACUGCAUGCGGCACUCACGUCGUCGACUUCGCCAUUCCGCAAGGCACUCGGUGCCCAGCUAGCUGCUUUUGUACAAGAGUACCACACGUUUUGA